CCCUUAAUAAUACAUCAAGUACUCUUUGUCUAAUUAAUGUACCGUUUGUACACUUUCUCAUUUCUGUUCAUCUUAUUUUCAGUUUAAUUACACAAGCUCGCUUGAUUAUUCAAUCAUUUCGACUUUUUGUUUUGAAAAAUAAUCAACAAAAUUGUUAAUUCAAUGUGCUACAUUAAUUGAUUCACCUUAUUGAAACUUUGUAUCAACAACCAAAACUGUCUGGUAAAUAAGACAAAGGAAAGCAAAACGACUCAUCAAGUCAACUUGAGACCUUUUUUAUUUAUCUUUUUUCCAACGUCUUUUAUUUUGCUUAUUUUCUGAUUAAGGGUUACUUUUGUUUCUUCUGCAACAUUGAAAACUUUAUCUCUGUUUAAUCUUUCUUAAGAUUUAUCUGCUGCUUCUUUUCUUCUUCUGUGGAAAUUUAUUUUUUUUCUUCUGGUGUUUUCAACUUUCUCUGUUUAUCACAUUAUGGUUCCUGAUACUGCUUCAUCGAUUCGUCCUCACCUUUCUUCCAGGCCUGAAAAGGCAAUCUUGUGCCUUGUUUGUUCGGAUAAAUCAUUUGGAAAUAAUUUUGGUGCUAUCACUUGUGAAUCAUGUAAGGCAUUUUUCAGAAGAACGGCUAAUGAGCGAGAUAAACUGGCUUGCCCGUUCAAUGACAAUUGUGAGAUAACCAUCGCUACUCGUAAACAUUGCCGCAAAUGUAGACUCGAAAAAUGUUUUGCAGUUGGAAUGAUAAAAGAAUGGAUUCAAUCAGAGGAACAGCUCAAAAUUCGACGUGCCAUUCUCAAAGAACGUAAACUUCGUCGUGAAAUGGGUGCUAAUGGUCAAGCCAUUAAAAGGUUUAGAUCGAGUCCUUCAAGGGUACCAGAAAGCGUUGGAAAUGAUAUCAAUGGCAAUUCCAAUUCUAUGUCUUUUCCCGAUAAACGGGAAAGAAACAUAUGGACAAGUAUGGCCCAAAAAAUGGAUAGUUCAAAAUUUCACAAGCAGCUAGCUAGUUCAUUACAAAACAGUGUCUCCAAUUGUAAAGGAUACGAUAGUCAACAGUCUGUUGCUCAAUUUUUCAACAAAAUUACUGAUCAAAAUUUUUUCGCCAAUCUUGUAAAGUCAAAUGCGUUUGGUUCAGGCCCUAUGCGUAGCUCAAUCUCUCGCAAUUCAGAUCAACCAAGUCCAAACCAACGAUCGUCCGUCAUUGCAUUCACUGGAAAAUCCUCUACUUCUUCAUCCCCUGCUUUGUCAGUAUCAUCUUCACCCGAUCAAGGCAACCAAGAUACUUGUGAUGCCAGUAUUAAGAGCAUGCACGAUGAUUUAGCUCCAGAGGUUGAUAUAUACCCAGGCAACUUUGAUCCCGAUUGUCAUCCGAUUUACCAAAGUUUAGUCAAGAAGAAACCACCAGUUUCUUCUUGUCUAAAUACAUCAUCUUCAUUAUCAUCACCAACAUUUUCAUUUACCUCAUCUACAGCUUCAUCGCCAACAUCUACACCAACAUUCAACAAUUUAACCUCUAAAACAACCUCAUCAUCACCUCCAGCAUUUUCAUCAGAAACUCCAACAACUUCAAAAGACUAUCCUCUAAGAACCCCAACAGAAUCAUCUGUAUCAAAUAAACAACUUGAACCUUUUGCAAAUGAAAGAAGUGAUGCUACAGACGAAGACAUCAUUAAAAUUAAUCAAAAUCCUUUGGAUUUACCUUCCGAAUCUACCGCUAAAUCAGUUAGUUUAAAUGUCUUCCAUCACAUAAUUGACUCUUAUUUCACACGAAUUAACAUGAGGAGUGAAAAAAUUUCCAAAAGUUAUGCUCUCAAUUCAAUGGAGGAAUCCCGUUUGAUUGAACUCACUCUUGCUUAUGGUGCUUUCAACGAGCCCCUCGCAUGUUCCUGUACCUCUGUAAACAAUUUACUUAUUAACUGUUACAAUGUUUCAAUUUGCCAGUUGAUUACCAUGACAAAGAAAUUAACAGCAUAUAGUGAGCUUCCUGUAGAGGACCAAAUCACAUUACUAAGAGGAACCUUUGCUGAUAUUUUGGCAAUGAGAGGAGCCUUUCUGUUCGAUUCUAAAACAUGUUCUUGGCCUGUCAAAGGAACAUCGUGGUCAAUUAAAAUGGAUCAAUUAUUUAGCAUUGAUGAAGCUUUUUACAAAACCUAUUUAGAUUUUAUAAAUGAUCUAAGCUCAAAUUGGCGCUCAAAUGUAAUCAUCAAUCAAUUGAUCCUUGUAAUAAUGUUAUUCAAUUGUAACCUUUCUGGUCUCAAGUCUCCUGAAGCUAUAAGGUUGGAGUAUUGUGCUUAUAUUUAUCUACUUCAACGUUAUUUAGAGUCAAGUCUCAACUUCAAGGAAACACCUAAAGAAACUUUGUGCCAUAUUUUGGGUAAAAUAAACCAACUACAGGAUUUUAAUCGGAAUCUGAUUCGCCUGCCAAAUGGUCAAUCUAUUGAGAAUCUUAAAAUUGGAAGUUUGGAUUCUCUUUUGCUUCCAGAUUGAAUCGAUAUCGGUUUUAGGAAUUUACCCAUUUUGAUCAAGCUGUUUCUUCCAACAAGUUCAUUGUUUUUAUGCUAAUCAGUUCAACGUUUCUUUAUUUCAUUUUAAAUCAUCGCAACUCGAGAAAAUUUUGGUAUUGCUACAGUAGUCAACAAUGUAAUUCAGUUAACUCGUUCAUUCAAUAGAUGAAAAUAUUCCAAUGGAGUUCAUUUCCUAAUUUUAAAAUAUUGAGAUUUUUGAGAGACAAAAAUUUUUAUUACCAUUCUCUUUAAUACUUUAAUUAUCAUCAAAAUGUCUAUUAUUAUUAUAUACCUUCAACUAUAAAUUGUUAAUUUUCUCAUCUUGUUUGCUAUUUCUGGGUUGUAAUUAUAUGUAUCCUCAAAGUUUAUCAAUAAACACGCCACAUUCGACCAGAUAA